UUCUUCAAAUUUUUUCUGUGUGCGAUCUCUCUUCGUCUUCUUCUUCUCUACUAUGUCUUCUCGAUCCAGUUCAUACCCGACUCGGUUCGUUUCAUUACUGGACCUAUCCCGUUCCGUUUCGGAUCAUACCGCCGGUUGUUUUCUUCUACUUCGGCGACUAUAAAAAGAAAGGUUCGAAGGAAAACCGUUUUCUUGCUUACUUCUCGUUUUUUUUUUCUUUAGUUCCAAGAAAAGAAAACCGGGUUCGGUCUUAUUUUAUUCCGAUUUGAUUAUUGGAUGGAGGAAAAUGAUAGCCAACGGCGAAGAACGGUUCCGUUUACCGGUAUGUCCGACGUCGUAUUGGUCUGCGUGUUACCGUACAUACAAGACGCAAGAGACCGUGCAGCCGUUUCGCUUGUUUGCCGGCGUUUGUACGAACACGACGCGUUGACACGUAAGCAUAUAACUAUAGCGUUUUGUUACACGACGACUACCGAUCGGUUACGGAGGCGUUUCCCGCACUUGGAGUCGUUGGAACUGAAAGGAAAGCCACGGGCGGCGAUGUUCAAUUUAAUACCUGAAGAUUGGGGAGGGUACGUGACUCCAUGGGUGUUUGAAAUAGCAGAGAACUUCAAUUUCUUGAAAUCGGUUCAUUUUAGAAGGAUGAUUGUUAAAGAUACGGAUCUCGAAAUUUUAGCUCGGUCUAGAGGGAACGUUUUACAGGGUUUGAAGCUUGAUAAGUGCUCUGGUUUCUCCACUGAUGGACUCUUCCUCAUUGGAAGCAUGUGCCGGCAACUAAGAACCUUGUUUCUUGAAGAGAGUUCAAUUGUCGAGAAAGAUGGUCGAUGGCUUCACGAGAUUGCGGUAAAAAACUCUGUUCUCGAGACUUUAAACUUUUACAUGACCGAUCUUGCCCAAGUGAGUUUCGAUGACCUUGAACGGAUUGCCAGAAAUUGUCCCAACUUGACCUCGGUGAAAAUUAGUGAUUGUGAAAUUCUGAAUCUUGCUGGCUUCUUUCGUGCUGCUGCCGCUUUAGAAGAAUUCUGUGGUGGUUCUUUCAAUGAACAAUCGGAGAGGUAUAAUGCCGUAAGAUUCCCCCCAAGGCUUUGCCGUUUGGGUUUAACAUACAUGGGGAAGAACGAAAUGCCGAUCGUGUUUCCUUUUGCAUCGUUGCUUAAAAAGUUGGACCUCCUCUAUGCAUUACUCGACACGGAAGAUCACUGCUUGUUGAUUCAACGAUGCCCCAACUUAGAAGUUCUCGAGACGAGGAAUGUUAUUGGAGAUAGAGGACUAGAAGUUCUUGCUCAAAGUUGUAAGAAACUAACGAGACUUAGAAUCGAGCGAGGUGCAGAUGAGCAAGGAAUGGGUGAUGAAGAAGGUCUGGUUUCACAUCGAGGACUAACAGCUUUAGCUCAAGGAUGCCUUGAGCUGAAAUAUAUAGCCGUUUAUGUAUCUGAUAUCACGAAUGCAUCAUUGGAAUCCCUCGGGACAUACUCCAAAAAUCUCUGUGAUUUUCGUCUCGUCUUACUUGACCGAGAAGAAAGGAUAACAGAUUUGCCUCUUGACAAUGGAGUACGAGCACUAUUGAGAGGCUGUGAAAAGCUUAGAAGAUUCGCUUUGUAUCUCCGAGCUGGUGGUUUGACUGAUGUAGGCCUCAGUUAUAUCGGGAAAUAUAGCCCUAACGUUAGAUGGAUGCUUUUAGGAUAUGUCGGGGAGUCAGAUGCCGGGCUUUUGGCAUUCUCCCGUGGAUGUCCUAGCUUAGUGAAACUCGAAAUGAGGGGUUGCUGCUUUAGCGAGCAAGCAAUAGCACAAGCCGUGGUGCGGUUACCCUCUUUGAGGUACUUAUGGGUGCAAGGAUAUCGAGCAUCACCAGCCGGUCUCGAUCUAUUAGCCAUGGCACGUCCAUUUUGGAACAUCGAACUGAUUCCUGCAAGACGAGUCAUUAUGACUAAUCAAGUAGGAGAACCAGUCGUGGUUGAACAUCCGGCUCAUAUACUAGCCUAUUACUCCCUAGCUGGACCAAGAACAGAUUUUCCAGAUACUGUCAUUCCUUUGGAUCCGGUGCUGUAAAUACAAACCCUUUUUUCGCACGUCCGAUUUUUCUGUUUAUACAGAUUAUGUACCUUUACGGUUUAGAGGGUUUCAGUUUGAUAUUUUCGGGUUUUUUUUUUUCGAUUUCAUUCCUCGACUUUGUCUUUGUAAUAAGAUUUGUGUUUUGGUAGAAAAAAAAAAGCAUUUGCUUAGUGGGCUACCAUGGAUAAGUAGCUUAGGGAUUAAGCUUUUUACUGAUAUAAUUGUACUUUUGAUUAUGCAUAUUUAAUCUUAAUUGAAUAACUUUUUAAUA